AGUCUACCUAAGUGAUUACAGCACUUGCAAACCCUGCAAUUACUUUUUAUAAGAGCAAGAUUUGAAUCAGGCUUGAAAAGAAUUAUGCUAAUGAAAUAUUUACCAGAUCGAACGAUCACUUUCUUACUUUCUUAUUUCCACCGUGAAAUCUAUAAUUACCAAUCAAUUUUGUUUCAGGCGUUAAAUAUGUAACAAUGGCCACAGUCGAUAGUGGAAACGAAACGCUGUUCUCGGACGAUUCUCCAUGCGACCUAAUUAGCUCCCCCAGCGCACUGUCGGGGGAAGAUCCAGAAGUUAUAGAAUGCCAACAUAUUUCAAAUCGACCGCCAAAUAUACAACCUUUUAGUGGUGUUUUAGAAAAGGGAAGGACAGUUAUUCGACCCAUAGCGUUUCGGCCCGCCGGAAUGUCACCGUCGGGAAGGUUUGGACUGGAAGGUGAACGUUAUGGAUCUACUCCCAUUUUAACACGUAGCAACGAUCAUAAGCAUCACUUCGCGCCAAAUUCGAAUUACUCUCUGGAUCGGAAAUUGCGGUCAUCCUGUCAAUCGAUAAUGUCCUCCCCUAUGUCCAUGACAUUCAGCUCUCUACCUCAAAAAAUUAGUAACUACGACAGUUUAGAAAGUGUGCGGAAAUCACCAGUAGCACUUUAACGUAAGUAAUACCAACGGCAUUCAACCUACACAACAGUAAAAGAAAUUUAUUGCAGAAAUAAGUCUUCGUAUAUGUUGUCUGGGGUUGGUGGUUCUCUCCUCGAUUUAACUCCAUCCCCGUCAGAUUCCGGCGUAUCCGAAUUGGAAGCUGCUUUGCGAGAUCGCGAUUCGGAGCUUGCCUACUUGCGGCAAACAAUGGAGCACAAUGAGCAAGUUAUUUUUCGGGUGUAUCAAGAGAAAGAACGGGUGUGGGAGAGAGAAUUGAGACGGUUAAAAAGCAUACACGAAACUCGCUUACGGACCAUAGCACAAAAGGCACUUAAAUUGGAGCAGAUGCUCAUGAUGCAAACCUAUCAACUGCAGCAAGAUAAGAAAAGAUUAUCCGGCGAAACGCAAAAAGCUAACUGUGAAAGUGAUAGGCUAAGACAAGAGGUUAAAAUACUGAGGGACAGAUUAGAAGAAACGGAAUGGAGUUUAUGCCAAAAAACUGGAGAGAUCUCUUUACUUAAGUCACAAUUAAAAGAUUACCAGAACGAUCAGACUUGCAAAGGACACGAGCUUUUGCAAAUACGGAACGAAUACAGAGACGUUCGAGAACAACUUGAAGCAAACAAAUCCGCGUCGGAAAAUUUAAGGAGAACAUUAAAGGCCAAGAAUGUACAAAUAGACAGUUUAAAGCAAGAACUUCAAAAGCUAUUAGAAAAUAAUAUCAACGCUUGCGAAGAUCACGCCGACUACAUUAUUACAAAGUUCGAUCAAGAUGAUGUCGAGAUUCCGUGCGUAUCCUUAAAAAACAAAGAAGAAGAGGUCCAGCAACUUCUAGCAAAUUUCUGUAUAAAAUCGAACAGCAACGAAAAUGAAGAAGUGGAUAAACUUAAACAAGAGAUGGAAGUUAAACGGCUGGAGUUUGAAAAAGAGAGGUUGAUAUGGGCGCAAGAAAAAGAAAAAGUAUUGAAAUAUCAGAAACAGUUACAACUUAAUUAUAUACAGAUGUAUAGACGCACAAAAGCACUGGAAAACGAGCUCGAGUGCUUCAAUGCAGAAAUGGUCAGAAAAAGUGGACAUAAGAGUCUACAAGUAGCAGAAAUCACUCACACAAUUGAAUUGUAAUUAAUUUAUGCAAAGCUAAACUCUUUCUCAUGUAAAUAGUUGUUUACAUACAGAGAUAAAAGUUUUGGGCUUGUAGUUUUCCUAACGGAAUGCAAUUUUAACUAUGUUCCAUUUAAGUAACAUUGUGAUUUUAACUUAAUGUGUAAAAAAUACCAUGUAAAUAAAGUAUAACUUUGGA